GUGUGUGUGUGUGUGUGUGUGUGUGUGUGUGUCCAUCCCAUAGAGCUAAGGAUUUACACAUUAUUGUAUUUAGUUCUUGUUUCUUUGUUUCUGAUCAUAGAUUUAUUAUGAGAUUUAUAACCAUACUCAUUGGUGGCCUUUUAAAUUUGAGACUGUGUUAAGCAUUGUUAUUACUUUUGGCAAACAUACAGAAUUUAAAUAUAUAUGUUUUAGGAAGAUGUGAUGAGAGGGUAGUAAACAAAUAGACAGAUGAAAGUAUGGUUUCUAAAUCCAAAAUAACAUUAAAUAAGUCUUAAUGUUUUCAUAGAAGACUCAGUGUUUUCUAAAUGAUACCAGAUCAUUCACAUGUGAGAUUUAGUUUAAUGAUGUAACCAAAACCAAAAGUGAUAUUAAAACCCAUCUUUAGAGAAAACAAAUAAUGCAUAUUAAAAGUAAACAAUACCUGGGAAAAACUUUAGGCAUCAAAGUUUGUCCUCCAUAAGAUUUUACCCUGUAUAGUGCUUUUUAUGCUGCCAAAACUUCAGCUUUGAAAAAAAUUACAUAUUUUAACUUCUAGCCCUUUCUGCACUAAGAAAUAAUUAAAUCAAUCAAUCAAUCCCCAAACACUUAAGUACUUACUACUCACCUGUCUCUGUGCUAACUAAUGGUACAAAUAAAAAAGGUUAAAAACAGUUCUUGCUCUCCUAGAGCUCACAGUUUAAUGGGGGGAACAUAUGAUUAACCAGGACCAUAAAGACAUAUUCUUCUUUGAUGGAGAAGGUUCUAGUAACUGGGGAGGGGGUUACUAGGAAAGGCAUCCUAAAGCAGGUGUUUGAGCUAAGUCCUGAAGGCAGUUGCUGGGCACUGUGAGAUGCAAAUGUGAGAAGGAUUAGCAUUUCAGGCAUGAGGCCAGAGAAGGAUGGAGUGCUUGCUAUGUGUGUGAACAUCAAGUAGAUGCCUAUGGCUAUAGAGUGAGUCGGUGAGCAUGGAGGAUAAGAAGCCUGUUAAGGGAGGGAGGGUCCAGAUGAUGAAAAGCAGAUCCUGGAAGUCACAGGGAGCCCCACCAGGUUUUGAGUGUGUUUUCAUGGUGUGUGGGGAGAAGGGGGCUGACAUAGCUUUAGGGAUAUCACUUCGGCAGCUGUGUAGAAGAGGAAUUGAAGAAGGGAGAGAGAAGUCAGGGAGAUCAAGUAAAAGGCUAUUCCUGUAGUCAGGCAAGUCAUGAUGAAGGCCUUAGCUAGAGUGGGAGCAAUUUGAGAAGGGUAUGCAUAUGAGGGAAGUUGCCAAGAUGUGGUAAUAGACUGGGUGAUUGAGAGUAAGGAGCAGAGGAUGAAGUUGCUUUUGUGAGCUUUGGUCACUUGGAGCAUGUUGGUACCUUUGAUAGUUACAGGGAAGUUCAGGAGGAUUUGUAGGAAAAUUGAUGAGUUCUGUUUCAGUAUUAGAUUGGAAAACCAUGUCAGCAUUUCUGGAGUGCUUCAUUUUUUUUUAAAGGGUAAGCCUCUUUCGUGACUGUCAAAAGAAUAUUCUUUCUCCCUGGUUUGGCUCAUUUGACCAAGUGGUAUGACUAAUCUAGGCCUGAGAUCAUAGCUAGCCAGGGCAGUUCCAAACAGUUUUUAACUGGAAUUUAACAGUGAUUUCUUUCUCACUUGGACAUCUAACUUGUGUCUGAGAUGUUGUCUGUAAGUACAAAUGCUGACCCCUGAGCCAGGUAUACUGAGACUGUGUGAAAGCAGGCACAGACUAAAUGCUUUUUCUCUUCCCACUCUUAUCAAAGGCCUUUUAGGACUUUCAAUAGACCUCUCUCUCAUCCUCAAUGGGACUUUACUUCAACAGGUUUCCAGUAUUCUUCUUAAAAUGCUCUAUUCUAGCAUGACACAAUUUUCUGGGCAUUUCUUGAAAGCCAUUUGGGUGAUUUUAGGUGACUGGCUUUGUGCUGGUCAAGGGAAUUGUCAUUUUGUAAGGGCAUUUGGGAUGCUAAGAGGUUGGGAAAAGUUUUAAUGUGGGAGAGGCCCUCCUAAUUGGCUUUUAAUCACUUUUUCCAGACUUAAAUCCACUUAGGAAUUUAAAUUUCUACUUUGUUAAAAAAAUAAUUAAUACGUAGCAGUUUAGUUCACUAGAGCUUAGACAUUAUGCUUGUAGGGGCAAGGAUUCUGGAUUUGGAGUUAUUGCCCUUAGCUAAUACCUGGUUCUAAUUCUUAUUACCUGUGUGGCCUCAGGCAAGCCACUUAUCCUGUUUAGUUCCCAGUUUCCUCAGUAUUAAAAUGAUUAGGUUAGAGUAAAUGAACUACAAGAUCCCUUCCAGAUAUAAUUCUAUGUUCCUGUGACUUCAAUUCAGUAAACAUUUAUUAGGUGGCAUAAUAGACAAAGUGCUAAGUUUAAUAGCCAGGACCAUAGACACUUAUAAGCAAUGUGGCUAUUCAGUUCACUUAACCUCUGUCCAUCUCAGUUUCUUCAUCUGUAAAAAAAAAAAAAGUUUAAUAAUAACCCUCCCACUUGAUAUCUGUUAGUCAAUCUUAAUUAAUUAGCUUUUAGGAUUGGGUGUUUACUAAGAUGGUACAGUGAAAACAAUUGGUACAAAACAUCCUUCCAGAAGCCUGAGACUUGCUCUUCAGCCAGUCAUUUGGUAAGUAUUUAUUGUAUCUAUUGGAGGCUAGGCACCAUGCUAAAUGCUGGGGGAAAGUAGACCUAAGCUUAGCAUGUACACAUAUGGCAAAAGGAGUCAACUGACAAAGCCCAAAAGUCCUUUUUGUUGAAGUCCUCAAAAUGUUCCCCAAAAAGUUUGGGAAAACUUUUCCACUAGGUUCACUGUAGCAUCUUGAGUCAUCUUUACUCAUUUCCUAUAGCUUUGUCUUGGCCCCUAAUGUAGACUUUGCUAUUGUUCCAAGGAUGCUGAAUGGAAGACAGGAAAUUUCUCAAUCCUCCAGUCUUCAAACUUUUCAAGAUCUUUCUCUAACCCAAGGAUAGGGCUGCACCCUAGGCUGAGGCAUCUUUCAUGCCUUCAGGUGAUUCCUCCUCAGGGGUAGCUCUCUUUUGUUGUACUAUAGCAUUUGGCAGGCUGAAAGGAAUAAAAUAAUUUUCUCUUUCCAAACAUAAUAUUUCAGUGAAUUAAAUGAAUAUUCAAAAAUUUCAUGACUCUUGGGGAAAUAAAGAGAUUAAGAUAAGUUAACUAGAUCCUUGAUUUGGAUGUGGAAUUUAAAGCUAUUUAAAAAUUUUGAAGUUUAGAUUUUAUUCUGGUGAGCAUUAUGUCCUCUAAGUGAAUCCCCCCAAAAUAGCAACCUGUCCAAAAAGUGUGCUGAUGCUUCCUCUCUCCAUUUUAGUUGCAAGUACUUCACCCACACAAAUUAUUCUAGUGCUUCAAUCAUUUAAGGAAAUGGUCAAGAUUUCUAAAUUCAGAAACUAGGAAAAGAAUAUUGUGAAAACCAAUCUUUUAUACCUUAAGAUGUGUGCAUACACUGUCUAUUUCUUUAUUGCUACUUGUUGGACAGCCAUGCUCUAAUGGUGAUUCUAUACUGAUGAAAUGCCUCCAGUUUCGCUAUUUCCUCUAUUGUUUCUACUCAAUAUCCGUUUGAUCUUUAUUCUAUUUGUUAAAUUGGUUUUAUUUGUAGCCCUCAGGGACUCUGUUAAUAUUCCCUUGAAAGGUUUCUUGGCCCUAAUUCACCACCUAGAGAAAGGCUAGGGAAGUUAAUAAUGAGAGUAAUAAUUAAAAAAAUGACAGUAAUUAAUAUUCAAAUAAUGUCCACUCUAAACAGAUUCCUGGAAUUUGAAUGUAACUAUAAGUUAAGAUCCAUGUAUAAAAUGGCUAAAAAUAACUGAGAGAAGAAAAGAAAAUGAUAUUAGAUUUGAAGUAGAAAGGAUCAUUUAAGGAAAAGAAGUGAAAGAAUUAAUUAGGAGUCCCAGAAGCAUUCCCAGGAGAAUAUUGGUAGGGCAGAUGGAAAAACCCCACUGAAUCUGGAGUUUCAGGACCUGAGUUCACUUCCCUGUUCUGCCAUUUAUUAGUUGUAUGAGUUUGAGCAAGUCUCUGGGAUGUGGUUUCCUCCUUUGUAAAAUGGUAGUUUGGAAUAGAUCACUAAGAUCUCUUUUAACAUUAAAUCUAGAAUCCAUUUUGUAUUUAGAGUAGUGUACCAUCCCAAAAUUACCAUUGAAAUGGAUUUUUUCUCCUUGCAUUUAGAAGUGCAUAUAAUAUAGACUGUUAAAUUGCUUUUCAUUCUGUUAUACAAGGUGUCCCAAAAGUCUUCGUGUAGUUAAAACCCUCAUGCAAAUCUAAGUCAUUUAGUAGUUUAUUUUCAUAUUUUUCCAAUGUGAGAAACAAAGUCAUAUAGAUUCUUGUUAGUGAUUAAGGGCAUAAUGUUUUAAAAGUUAUGUAAUGAGUAUAUAUUUUAGUUAAUUUAUUAGACUUGUAGAUUUUUAGUGGGAAAGGGACUGAAGAAAUUAUAUAGUUCAACAUCUUCCUUUUACAGAUGAGUAAACUUCAAUAAAUUGUUGAGAGACACAGUCAACAAUUAAACAACAAUUUAAUAGGCAUCUACUGUUUGGCUGUCACUAUUAGGCACUUGGGAUACAAGGACAAAAACAAGCAUUCCUCACCUGCAGCUCCUGAUGUGGGGAGGAGACAAUAUAUUUGUAUAUAGGUACCUAGAAAAUUGACAAGACAACUAGAUGAGAAGACAUUUGUAUCUCUGGGGAUAAGAAGCCUGAAAAGACUUGAUGUAAAGAUGGUGUCUGAGCCAACUUUUGAAGGAAAUUCUGUAGAGGCAAAAUUGAAGAAGUAUAUCAUUGACUUGAAAGAACACCAAGAUAAGACAGGAAAACAGGAGGUAGAAGGUGUUGUAUAGGGAAUAGCAGCAAAACCUGAACUUCAGAAUAUGGGAAGGGAGGUGGGAGGAAUAUCCAACAAGACUGGAAAGGGAGAUGGACACCAGGACAUAAAAGGCUAUUAAGACCAAAAAGAGCAGUUGAUAUUUAAUCAUAAAGGCAAUAGGGAGCCAUUGAACUUUAUUGAGUAGAGGAGUGACAUGGUCCCACCUGAAGUUUAGGAAAAUCACCUUAGCAGUUGUGAUGAGUAUAGAUUGAAGGGAGGAGAGACCUGAGGGAGAGAGAUCCCAAGGAGGUUGGUAGUCUUGCUGAGAGGUGCUGAAGACCCACUUGAACCAGGGAUGGUGAAUAUGUAAGUAAAGAGAAUAGGACAUAUGAGAGAGAAGGGACUCGAUUUGGCAACUGAUUAUUUAUAUGGGGUGAAGGACCUGUGAAUCUGUAAAGAUUGAGAACAGACCAUAAUAGGAUCUUGUGGAUAGAGAAGAGACCCUAAUAGGAUCCUGCAGUCUGAUGGAGAGGCUAGCCUGGGGGCAGGGAAGAGUCAGCUGAGGAUUCUGGGAAAGAGAACUGACAGCUGAGAGAAUUCUGAGCAAUGGACACUUCAGCCUUGGAAGAUACCAGAGAAUAGCUUUUUCCUGAGGGUCAGGGAAGAUAUCUGAAACUUCGGGAGGGAGGAAAAACCUGAUUUCCUUCUUGUGUAUCUGUCUCCAGCUUGAAAUCCUUCACAACCUCCCUUCACUUAUCUCCUGCUACUCAAGUCUGAUAAGAAGUCAGUUGGACUCUAGUCAGAGCUAAUCUGCCGUUUACUUUUGGGUCUCCCCCUUUUCUGCUUUCCAUUGGAUAGAUUUAUAGAGAUAUUACUUUAAACUAGUGUCAUGCAAGAAAAUAAGAAGCAAGGUGUUGGGGAAAAAAGGCUUGAGGCACAAAGGCUCUGGCCAAAGACCUUUGAAAACCAACUACUGGAAAAUAUAGUUGUUAAGGCAUCCCUUAUCCCUCCAUCCUACUGCCUGGCCCCUCUAACCCCCUUGUUUCCUGUCUCUUCAAAUAAAUUUCGGUUUAUGUCAGUUGAGUUUGGUUGAGGUUUUCAUAAGAAGAUAGAGGUUGGAUGAAUAGUGAACAAGACCAAAGUAAGUCUUGUUUCAUCUGUAACAAGCAAAGAUUCAGCUUGUCACUGAGCUUUAUAGAGAAGGGUUCAAUAACAAAAAACCCUUGAUCUUGAAAGGACUGUCUGGGAAAGAACAUCCUUUCCAGCAGUGGAGCCCACAUUGAAGACUCAGCGAUAUAGUUUGUGGAGUAUCUUUGGGAAGAGAGGUAGACAGAUUCCUCUUGUCUUUCUCUCUCUGAGUAAGCCAAAGCUCUAAGUCACUGGACCUUGGGGAAGGAGAGACACAGCCCCUUUCCUCAGACCUUUUAGUUUUUCCUCACAUCCCUUUUCCUUCACAUCUCCCUUCAACCUCUCACUGGAGAAACACAUCCAUUCAGUGGGUUAUAACCUUUGUUCACCCCUCUCCAUUAGUAAGAGAGGAGAGUCUCAGUCCCCUUUCUCCUCCUCUUUUACAAAUCUGGGUGUGCUUGGAAGAAUAUUUUUAAGUAGUGUAGUCAGGAUUUGAACUCAAGUCUUCUGACUGAGUGGAGUGAUCAUUCCACCAUAUAAAACUGCAGAGUUGCUCAAGUUUCAUCAUUUUAUGUUUUUGUAACUCAGACUAAAAACAAGUUCUCAGCAAAUUUUUUGUCCAUGUUUUUGUCUACAAGUUCCACUCUUUCUUGCCUUUCAAUUCACAAUUUGAAUAUUUAAGGCUUCUGAAACUGAAGAAAAGGAAAUCCAGAUAGAUUUGGUUUGGGAUGUCUCUCUGAAUGCCAAAAAUGAAACUUGUUCCCUUUAAAAUAAUUCUUUCUAGGUGUUUGUUCUCACAAUGAAGAUAUUUGCUUUCACUUCUAAAUUCACCAUCUAUUCUGCAUUUUGUCUCUAUUUUAUCUCAUUGUAACUGUAUCUGAUAUUUCUUUUAAACUACAGAGUAGAACAAAAAAUGAAACUAUUUCAAAGGUCUGUAACCAAAAGGAAAAACACAUUGUCUCUGACAUAUAGAUUAAAGUCAUUUUUUUAUGAACAAAGGAAUGAAAAACCUUUUGUAAAAAACAUUUGUUUUCUUAAAAGACCCCUAUGUUCUUCUGUAAUUUUGCUACCCAUCUCAAUGGUUGCAGUGACUCUUUUCUGUCCUUCAUUUCCCCAAUUUUGAAAAUUCUAAACUUAAGACAUUAAAGACAAGCAUUUCUUCUUUCCUAAUUCACUUCCAAACAUGAAUUGUUGAACCCAAACCGCAACAUAUUCAGAAUAGUAUGUGUUUGAAUCCAAAGUGAAAAUAGAUGUUAAGCAUCUCUGUGGAUCAUAUGAAAAAUUCUUUUGAACUUUUUGUACUCUUAGUCACAGGGAGGUGAACUAUUAGCAAAUGAUUUAGGGGAAAUUUUGAAGUUUUCAGCUCAUGCUGCAAAGAUUUUUUCCCCCUUCCACUUAACCCUUUUCCUUCUGCUUGAUCUUAAACAUUUCACAGGCAAGACUUUUGUACAGAAGAAUUAGCUUGGGAUAUUAACUCUAUUGUAUUCUAUCUUUAUUGUUGGGUAAUUUAAAUAUCAAACUUCAGCAGGGAUUGACAGGAGGAAUUGACUGUGUUUGGGGGCAAUAUGUAAAUGAUCAAUUUCUAUUCAUCAAAAUAUAACCCCUUUCAGAGAAGGAAAAUAAAUCGCCCCCAUUAGCUUAGGUUUAUGAAGGUUUGGCAUAUUUAAUAAUUAAUAAGUAUUUUCUGCCAAUAAGGAUUAAAUUUCUGCUGACUUAUUUCUUUAGCCUGUGUCCCUCAUAGUACCAUCGUGAUAGUUUCUUUGUGAGGUUUAAAGGUGCAUGCACAGAUAUUUUCGUGAGCUGUUAAUCCAUAGGGCAGAAUGUUGUAAAAGUGUUAGAUGGGAAGUACCCCUGGAAGUUCUGACAUGCCAUUAAUAUAUUAUAAGCAUUGGUCAGUUCCAUUGUCUUCAUUUGUCAUUCUUGAUCGCAGCUUGCCAUGUAAGGCUAUAAGCCUGCAUGUGCCUGGCAACUGUUACCUAGUGACAGUUUCAGCUGCAAUAGCCAUUGGCUGGGCUGUUGAUUGGGGCAGAAGGACCGAGUCACCUUUCUGAUGGGGAGCUGUUCUGCAUCAGCUCAGGGUGAUGAGAAGGAGGCGCAGGGGCUCAGGUGCAGGCAAUAAUCCAGAGAGCGCGACUGUGAAGUGAAGAAUCGCUACAGCCUCCUUGUAACUGCAUCACAGUCAAUCGGACUUCUAAAUCAGGCUGCACAGCACAGCAGCUGAUUAGAGGGGAUCUAGGUGAGAAGCGUUGCCUUAUGCUUGUAACGAGAGAAGCCCAAAGUGAUUCCUUUGAAAGAGAAGAAAUUGGCUCCUGCCAGUGGGAAAUGCGUGGUGAGGAGCAUCCUGUGGAUGGUAGAAAAGAAUAAAGCAUAAGGACUCCCCUCUAUGGCUUGGUGAUGUAUCCGAGAAAAGAACUUUAAAAAGAAUGCUUUCUAUUAAACUGCUGCAUCAGGGCUAGAGGAAAUGCUUUAUUUCUAGUGCAUGAGAUUCCUUCAGAAAGCACAGUGACAACUAACAAAAGGAUCUCUGAGGCGCUAGUACUUUUGAGAGGACUUUCAGCACAAUAUCUGAAUGACCUUGGAAACCUUUCUCUUUGGAUCGCUUUGUCCGUCCGACCAGCCCUGCCUGAUUUCCAGCAUUUCCUACUCUAGGAUUUAAAUUUGCCUCGAUGCUUUGGGGACAUUUACAAACAAGACUAUCUCGUAAUCUGCCUAAUGGCCCCCGCACUAAUUGAGCAUUUCCUCAAAAUAGAACGCAGAAAGAAAAGAAGCAUUUUCUUAACAUAUGGCUGUUCUGUAACGGCAAAUGUAAUAAACGAGGUAAUUUUCCGAUCCUAGGAAAGCUAGUUGCUGAAGUCAUUAUUUGAUAUGCUAAUCAUCUAGGGAAGAGAGACCAGGUAGAGCAGCCUAGAAGAUGAAGAUCUGACAGAAAAUAACUGAGUAGUAAACAAUGGCAGCGUUUCUAGUCAAAUCAGCAUUUUGUUAGCGGCAGAGUAGAAUGCAGUCUGAAGUUUCUAUUAUUGUUUGGGGCUUUGGAAAUGAUUAUUGAGUUGUUGCAAAGGUGAAAAAUAGCAUUAAUUGAGCCAUGCACUUUAUUGUCCUGAUUCAUUAUAUGGAAAGAGACGGACCAGCUAAUGAAAAAUAUUUUCAGUUACCAAGAUUGAGAUUGAAUGCAAGGUUGAUUUUUGAGGGGGGGAGGUGGAUAGGGGAGAGCCUAAAAAUGCUGCUGCUGCCACUGCCACCCCUACCAGGAAAGGACUAAAAUUGUUUAAACGGAAAACCGACUUAAAACUUUGUGGGUUCAUCUUAUUGGGGGAAUGUGAACUGAUUGCACAUUAUCUGCUUCCCUGGAGAUGUUUUGUUUUCCUCUCCUACAGUUGGAGGACAAACGUUUUUUCUCCCCUUCCAUUCAGCCUCUAAAGACAAUCCACUCUUUUCGGAUCCAAGUAGUGUUGAGUCUUUGGGAAUUAACCUUGACAAGAAUGUUUUUCUUACCUCUUUAAUGAAAGGAUGGAUCAUGGGAAUGAGACAGGAAUUAUCAUCUGGAGAACAAAUCCCAAAGGCAUUGCAUGCUAGAGGGAACUUUUGCUAGGUUUCCAACUAAAAGAUGUUACUAACCUCCUGACAUUUUAAUGAUUUAAAUGAAUCUAAAACAUUCAUUCACUUCAUAUCACUUCUGAUCAAGGAAGCCCAAGUCCUAGAAAGACUUUUGUCCUUUUCUCAUUAUCUCUAGUGGAUCCCAAAGAAAUUGCCUUUCUCAGGAGAAUAAACAGUCCUCAAAAGCUUUUUCCUUUCCCAUCCUAUUCCCUUGAUGACUGAAAUGAAAAGAAAACAAAAUGCCUUUCAUUUUCCAUAGUGCAAGAUAAAGAAUCUGUUGGUUUUUUUUUUUUAGAAGUGCCUUGUGUUUGUUAAAGAUAGUUUGAGAGCACUGGAGGGAGCUAAUCGGUGGCCUUCUUUUCACCUCCUUCCUAGCUCCUUUCCCCCCCACGGCUGAAGUGUGUCAGUGCUGCACUGAUGCCGAUGAAGAGACUUGAGCAGUUCUGGAAAGCUAAUCUGUGACAGAAGCAAUUGGCAGUGUCAGCAGAGACAGAGGCUGAGCCACCAAAGUGCAGAGGUUAGCAGAUGUCAGGCAGGUCGCCACUGGACUGCUGUUGUCCUGGACGCAGGGUUUCCUAAUCCCAAACCAUGAAUGAGUCCAGCAGGUUGACUGAACCAAGGGCUCACAACAUGAGCUUUGGCAAUGUGUCUGAGCAUCACUCCUGUCCACUGGGAUUUGGCCACUACAAUGCAGAGGAUGUCUGCAUCCUGGAGACGGUCAUUAUUGUCCUGCUGACUUUCUUAAUCAUUGCUGGGAAUUUCACUGUCAUUUUUGUCUUUCACUGUGCUCCACUUUUGCAUCAUUAUACUACCAGCUAUUUUAUCCAGACCAUGGCCUAUGCUGAUCUCUUCGUGGGAGUGAGCUGCUUGGUUCCCACUCUCUCCUUGCUUAAUUAUUCCACAGGUGUCCACGAGUCACUGACUUGCCAGGUUUUCGGAUAUAUCAUCUCAGUGCUGAAGAGUGUUUCCAUGGCGUGCCUGGCUUGUAUCAGUGUGGAUCGCUACCUUGCCAUCACCAAACCUCUUUCCUACAAUCAGCUGGUCACUCCUUGUCGCUUGAGGAUCUGCAUUAUUCUCAUCUGGAUCUAUUCCUGCCUGAUUUUUUUGCCUUCCUUUUUUGGCUGGGGGAAACCAGGUUACCACGGUGACAUUUUUGAGUGGUGUGCCACCUCUUGGCUCACCAAUGCCUAUUUUACUGGCUUCAUUGUUUGUUUACUUUAUGCUCCUGCUGCCUUUGUCAUCUGCUUCACUUACUUCCACAUUUUCAAAAUCUGUCGGCAGCACACCAAAGAGAUCAAUGACCGAAGGGCCCGAUUUCCCAGUCAUGAAGUUGAUGCUGCUGGAGAGACUGGACAUAGCCCCGACAAACGCUAUGCUAUGGUUUUAUUCCGGAUAACCAGUGUGUUCUACAUGCUCUGGCUUCCUUACAUUAUAUACUUUCUUCUGGAGAGCUCCCGAGUCCUGGAUAAUCCCGCUCUCUCCUUCCUAACUACCUGGCUUGCUAUAAGCAAUAGUUUCUGUAACUGUGUAAUAUAUAGUCUCUCCAAUAGUGUUUUUAGGUUGGGCCUCCGAAGAUUAUCACAGACCAUAUGCUCAUCUUGUAUGUGUUUAAAAGACCAAGACAUACAGGACCCCAAGCCCAGAAAACGGGCUAAUUCCUGCUCCAUCUAAAGAAAACUGCACAGCUAGUCAAGCUUAAUCUGAAAGUGCUUUGGAAUAGCAUUUGACACAUCCGGAGAUUUUCCACGACAGAAAUAUUUACUUGAAUAGUUCACUAUGAAAUGACAUAUAGACUAAAAGCGAUUUUUUUUUAAUGGAAAAGAAAACUAUGGAAAAGAACAUAGAAAGGGAAUACACAAGAGACAUUUAUCAUGUGAAUAUGGUUCCUUUGAAUUUGUGUGGUGGUAAGAGAAAUUUAUUAGUGAAAAUGAGAAUCUCAAAUCUUCCACAGGGCAUAAAAUAACCGGCACAUGAAAGUAGGUUCCUCCUGUGUAUCUUCCUCCCUCUUUUUAGGAAGUCAUUUCUUAUUUUUCACCUGUAUAUAAAUGCUACAUAUUACAUAUGUAGCGUGGAAUAGCCAUUUGCAUUAAAAUGUACUUUUAAAAUACAGUAGACUAGCAGGCUAUCCACAAACGAUCUCUACAAAGCCUAUACAGUAAAUGUAGCUUAAUAACUAGUCACACAACAUCCCGGCAUAUAUUUUUACAGUAUUUAUUGCUGCACAAGUGGUCAGCUAAAAGCAAAAAAAUAGAAUCAUUAUUUUUUUUAAAAGGUAGAAGCUUUUUUUCCUGUUUAUCAAAGCCUGCUAUUAUAUUCUGUAGCCUCCUCCAAAUCUCCUUCUCAGCCCCCCCUCCCUCCCCCUUUUCUGCUGUUCAUCUUUUGGUUCCUUAUUCCAGAAGUGGAUUAGUUAAUGAGGGAAUUUACUAUACAAGCUAAUUACAAUGUUAAUAACCUCUUCCUUCUAAAAAAGCAACCUAGCUGGUUGGGUGGAUGGGUGGGUGGGGGAGACGAUAUUCAUUCAACCUAUUCCAAUAGCUUUUAGAAACAUUUCAUUCCCCCCCCCCCCCCCCCAAUCCUAUUAAAUAAGUUCUGUGCCUAAUAUGGUACUUUUAAAAAAAUGAUAGCUAAAGCUUUUCUCCCCCCUUUUUUCACUAACAAGAUUAUUCUAUUCAGAUAUAAGAGAUAAACCUAGUAGUGAGAUACCAGUCUGUGCUAAUUUGAAUUUUUUUCCUUUUUCAAGUCAAAUAUUAACCCUUUUAUGUUGGGUCUACUACAUAGCUUACUAUUGUAGUUUCAGGUCCUUUGUGUGAAUCCUGCUUGCAUAUACAGUAUUUUUAAAACAAAAAAAAAUGUAAAUUAUAUUAUGUGGUCUGUGCCUAUUGUUUUCAUAGCACAUUGAAUAGGUCAAUGCUGCUUUCAGUCUGCAGGAUUGAAGUAAAAUACACAAAAACAAAAACUUGCUUUAAGAGAAAAAUACUUUUUGUGCCGUUGUUAAAUAGAUAUUUAUUAGACAAAACUGUGUUCUUGGAGGAGGUGAGACAACAAUUUAAUUAAUUAUCAAAUACAGGUAAGAGCUUCAGUAUUUCCCUUUGUAAUGAUGAUCUGCUUUCAGAUUCAGAGAUGAACUUAUUUUGUAAGUGCAUUACAUGGGUUUGUGUAAUAAAUUACUAGGGGUUCAGAUGCAGCAUGUUUGGGGAGGGUUAUUUGGGUGGGAGUUAUUGGGAGGAGUGGGGGGAAUAAACACAGGGAUGUAUAAAUCUUACUUUUGGCCCAAGCUGCCAGUCUCUCAGAUGGAUUGAAAAGUGUCUAACUUUGGAGUAUUAGACUUGUUAACAGAUGCACUAUGAUUUCCUUGUUUUACCAAAAACAAAUACAUUGAGUGAAUUGUGCCUAGGAUUCUUCACAUUGGAAGCCAACCAUGUUUGCACACCAGUGGUUUGACUUCUCAAAGGUCCCUUUAACAUGAACAUAUUGUUUUAAGAUUGUUCUGAACCCCUGUAUGUUUUUUAAAAUGUAAGAAAGUUAAAAAAUAAAGAAUAAAAUAGUAUUAUAUGUAUCCAAA